AUGUGGGAGAACUCGCAGUACCAGAUCAUCGAGCUACCCGUAGUCACGCUCGAGGAUGGCAUUGAGUGUCAGUAUUUCUACGACCAAUCCCAAUGUCACAUCCCCGACCUCGGUACCUUGACACCUGCGAAUAAAGUGGUUGUGCCAGAGAUCUUCAUGGAGAACCGCAAGUUCCCCGACGUCCGGCAAGGCAAUAAUUUCUGCAUCAGGUGCAGUGGUCUCCUGGUUACCAAGAAGGAGGGCAACUACAAGUUCUUCCUGAGUUCGGACGACGGCUCCAUUAUGUAUCUGGACGGGCAGAAGCUCGUCGACAACAAUGGCUGCCACGGGGAGCAGGAGAAGAGCAGUGGUGACACCUUCAUGGCGAAGGGAACUCACCGGGUGACGGUGGACAUGUGCGAAAAGGGUGGCGGCGAGGUCCUGAAGCUGCGCUACAAGGGCCCGGACACCGGCAACUCCAAGGCGAAAGUCCCCAAGAGCGCUCUCAAGUACGGCAAGGAGCCGGACUUGGAGGCUGAGCUCGAGGGUGGCAUGGAGUGCGACUACUUCUACGAUCAGGCGCAAUGCCAAGUGCCGGACCUGAGUUCUCUGACCCCAGCUCACCGCGUGACUGUGCCAGAGAUCUACAUGACCAAUGGGAAGUUUCCGGACGUACGUCAGGGAGAUCAGUUCUGCACCAGGUGCACUGGUCGUCUCGUUACGAAGAAAGAGGGCAACUACAAGUUCUUCCUCGCCUCAGAUGACGGUUCCCUCAUGUACUUGAACGGGGAGAAAAUCGUGGACAACAACGGCUGCCACGGAGAAAGGGAGAGAGGCAGUGGCGACAAGUUCCUGAAGCCGGGUGCCCACGACAUCGUGGUGGACAUGUGCGAGAGGGGCGGUGGCGAGGUCUUGAAGAUGCGCUGGAAAGGACCAGACAGUGGCAAUUCCAAGUCCAAGAUCCCUGCUGCCGUGCUCAAGCACAAGAAGCCGAAGCUGAACCUCGUAGACGGCUUGGAGUGCGACUACUUCUACGAUCAGUCGCAGUGCCAAGUACCGGACCUAGGCGCCCUGACCCCAGCCCAUCGUGUGAUCGUGCACGAGAUCUACAUGACCAGUGGGAAGUUCCCGGACGUACGUCAGGGGGAUCAGUUCUGCACGAGGUGCACUGGUCGUCUCGUUACGAAGAAAGAGGGCAACUACAAGUUCUUCCUCGCCUCAGAUGACGGUUCCCUCAUGUACUUGAACGGAGAGAAAGUCGUGGACAACAACGGCUGCCAUGGAGAACAGGAGAAGGGCAGUGGCGACAAGUUCCUGAAGCCGGGUGCCCACGAGAUCGUGGUGGACAUGUGCGAGAAGGGCGGCGGCGAGGUCUUCAAGAUGCGCUGGAAAGGGCCGGACAGCGGCAACUCCAAGGUUAAGAUCCCCGCUGCCGUGCUGAAGCACGAGAAGCCAAAGUUCAACCUUGCCGACGGCAUGAAGUGUGAGUACUUCUACGAUCAGUCGCAGUGUCACAUACCGGAUCUGGGUGCCCUGAAAGCAGCCCAUAGCGUGAUCGUGCCGGAGAUCUACAUGACCCACGGGAAGUUCCCGGAUGUACGUCAAGGGGAUCGCUUCUGCACCAGGUGCACUGGUCGGCUGGUCACGAAGCAGGAGGGCAACUACAAGUUUUUCCUCGCGUCAGACGACGGUUCCCUCAUGUACCUGAACGGGGAGAAAGUCGUGGACAACAACGGCUGCCACGGAGAAACCGAGAAGGGCAGUGGCGACAAGUUCCUGAAGCCGGGUGCCCACGAGAUCAUGGUGGACAUGUGCGAGAUGGGCGGCGGCGAGGUCUUGAAGAUGCGUUGGAAAGGGCCGGACAGUGGCAACUCCAAGGUCAAGAUCCCCGCUGCGGUGCUCAAGCACGACAAGGAUGUUCCCGUCGAUCAGUACGGAACCAUUGACGUCCAGGGGAAGACCUACAACAAGUUCUGGUGGUUUACGAAGGGCUCCUCUUGGCCUGCAGGAAAGGCCGACGUCUUGGGCGAUUCCUUCGGGACCUGCGACGAUGGGGACAAAGUCUGCUUCCAGAGGUUGCCGAAGGUCGAGGAAAAGGACUUAGAGCUCCUCGCAGUCGAUGAUGUGGGCAAUCAGUUCCGGUGGCAGUUUGAUGCCUCGAACAGCGUGGCCCAUGCGGCUUUUGAGGCCUUCAGGCAUGGAAAGACCACUCAGAAGACGCACGGGCCGGCCUGGGCCCCCGAGGUUCUCAAGGGCUCUGUCACCAGUGGGGCACAGGACACGCUCAUGUACAGGGACCAGGAUGGAAUUCGCUCCUUCAUGUUGGACGACGAUGCCUGCGAUUGCCACUCCACGCUCUCCAUGGGCCAUGCCAUGUGCGGCAGCGGAUGCAACCAGCAGUAUGGAAACUGCCAGAUCAAGGGUGGCGUGGACAAGCUUUCCGAUCGGUCCGAAACGGGUGGAGAGGGGUCUGGCUCCAGCUGCACAGGACCUGCCACGGACCACGGCCUCACGCUCUACUUCCGGCAGAAAGGAGCAGAUGAGGACGAGGAGCAGGCGGACAUGAACGAAGGUCUCGAGUGCAACUACUACUACGACCAGUCCCAGUGCAAGGUUCCUGACUUGGAAGCUUUGACCCCAGCGAACCGGGUGGUGGUUCCGGAGAUCUUCAUGGAGAAUGGGAAGUUCCCCGAAGUGCGCCAGGGCAACCAUUUCUGCAUCAGGUGCACCGGUCACCUCGUCACGAAGAAGGAGGGUAACUACAAGUUCUUCCUCAGUUCGGACGAUGGUUCAGUCAUGUAUCUGAAUGACGAGAAGGUGGUCGACAACGACGACUGCCAUGGAGAAAGGGAGAGGAGCAGCGACCAGAAGUACCUGAAGAAGGGAAAGCACAAAUUGGCCGUGAACAUGUGCGAGAUGGGCGGUGGCGAGGUCCUGAAGAUGCGCUACAAAGGGCCGGACAGUGGCAACUCCAAGGUCAAGAUCCCCAAGUCUGCGCUGAGGCACGACAAGCCCGAGGAUGUUGACCUCGAGGACGGCUUGGAGUGCGACUACUUCUACGAUCAGUCGCAGUGCCAAGUGCCGGACUUGGGGCAGCUUUGCGUGAGUGUUGUCGUGCAAGCUGCAUGUCUCGAUCAGACCAAUGGGAAGUUUCCGGAAGUACGUCAGGGGGAUCACUUCUGCACGAGGUGCACUGGUCGUCUCGUUACGAAGAAAGACGGCAAAUACAAGUUCUUCCUCGCCUCAGAUGACGGUUCCCUCAUGUACCUGAACGGAAAGAAGAUCGUCGACAACAACGGCUGCCACGGAGAAAGGGAGAGAGGCAGUGACGACAUGGACUUGAAGUCGGGUGCCCACGAGAUCGUGGUGGACAUGUGCGAGAGGGGCGGUGGCGAGGUCUUCAAGAUGCGCUGGAAAGGACCAGACAGUGGCAACUCCAAGGUCAAGAUCCCGGCUACUGCGCUCAAGCACGAGAAGCCCAAGCUCGAUCUCGAAGACGGAUUGAAAUGCGACUACUUCUACGAUAAGUCGCAGUGCCGAGUUCCCGACCUGGGUGCCCUGAGCCCGGCUCAUAGCGUGAUUGUGCCCGAGAUCUACAUGACCAGCGGCAAGUUCCCCGACGUCCGGCAGGGAAACCACUUCUGCACGAGGUGUACCGGUCGGCUGGUCACGAAGAAGGAGGGCAAGUACAAGUUCUUCCUCGCUUCAGACGAUGGCUCUAACAUGUACUUGAACGGAAAGAAGAUCGUCGACAACGAUGACUGCCACGGAGAAAGGGAGAGAGGCAGUGACGACGUGGAGUUGAAACCGGGUGCCCACGAGAUCGUGGUGGACAUGUGCGAGAUGGGCGGUGGCGAGGUCUUCAAGAUGCGGUGGAAAGGACCAGACAGUGGCAACUCCAAGGUCAAGAUCCCGGCUACCGCGCUAAAGCACGAGAAGGCGAUGGUCAAGGGUGGCUUGGUGUGCGACUACUUCUAUGACCAGUCUCAGUGCCAAGUGCCGGACCUGGGAACCUUGACCCCGGGCAAUCGUGUGGUCGUGCCCGAGCUCCACAUGACGAACGGGAACUUCCCCGAAGUCAAGCAGGGCAACCAAUUCUGCGUGAGGUGUACUGGUCAGCUUGUCACGAAGAAGGAGGGCAAAUAUAAGUUCUUCACAGUCUCAGACGAUGGUUCCCUCAUGUACCUGAACGGAAAGAAGAUCGUCGACAACAAUGGCUGCCACGGAAGCAGGGAGAGAGGCAGUGACGAAAUGGAGUUGAAGCCAGGUACCCAUGACAUCAUGGUGGACAUGUGCGAGAAGGGUGGCGGCGAAGUCUUCAAGAUGCGCUGGAAAGGGCCGGACAGCGACAAUUCCAAGGUGAAGAUUCCUGCCCGUGCUCUUCAGCAUGUGGAGAUCUCGCUGAAGCCUCCCUUGGUCCUCAGCCACAAAGCGGCCUUUGAGUGCGGGAAGUGCCAGUUGUCGAGCGAGGGUUCGAGCGCUGCGCUGCCCACUGGAGGGCCUUUCACCUUUUUCGCUGAGGUCAACCCAAAGGGCCAAGCCGGAAAGCAUCCUGGCAUCCUCGGCUGGGGGAGCAGUGGGGACAACUUCGUGGCCCUGCGAAUGUUCCCCGGCCACAACAACGGCGGUCUCCAUCUGUACUGGAAAGCGAAUGGCCAGUUUAAGGAGCUCGCCGUGGAGUCUGCAGGUUUGCUGAACGAUGGUUGGAAGACCGUCGCAGCAUCCUGGGACAAGAGCACCAUCAAGCUGUAUGCCAACGGACAGCUCUUGAAGUCCAGCAGCUAUUCUGGUGCUUUCAAUGCAGCAGACAAGAGCGGCUUCUGUGCAUGCGUCGGCGAGCCCGGCCGUACCCAUGAGGCUCUUGGUGGCAAGAUGCGGAAUGUCCAGAUCAUGAACAAAGCUCUCAGUGAUGCAGAAAUUGCCAAGCUUCCCUUGGCGUGA